GCCAUGCCUCGGGUUGCUGCCCCCAAGUCUCGGGGUGACAAGUCGCGCUCAGUGACCGUAGCUCCGCUCCCACAAGUGGCCAUAGAUAUCAUCCCUGGACGCUUUACUGAAGAUGACUGGAUGUCCAUGGUGAUGGCGGAGGACGAAGAAGGUGUGGUGGGAGACUUGGUGGAUGCCCUUAUGGACCGGGUCAUGGAGGAGUGCCUGAUGGUCCAUCUUCAGCACCAGCUGAUCCCGUACACUGUCAGUCAGGCCCGGGAGGCCAUGGUGCAGAUGGUCCAGUGGACAUUUGUGGCUAGAGAUGAGGGAGAUAAGGAGCCGGAUAUAGGAAUGAGCGGGCAGGAGGAGCCACAGCCAUGUCCACAUGAUUCGUGGGCACAGGGGUGUGUACCAGUCACAAAGCCGGCCAGUACACCCCGCUACAGCCAGCCUCAGGUAUUGUCUCCCAUUACUGAUAUCCCAGAAGAAAAGGAGGCUCCGCCAGCAGAAGAGCCUCCGGGUGAAGAAGAGGGUCGACCUGUGUCCCCCCAGGAACAGAUCCCCACUCCAAGAGUGGAGCCCGACACAUCUCCUCCCCCCACACUACAGCCAAUUAUACAACCAACCCCUCCCACCGCACCGCCAAAGUCCAAGCCUCGAUAUCAUCCCCAUCGCGGUCCCCUCCGCUCUGCGGGUGUAAAGGAAAUCACCAAGUCCCUGGAGGAGACAGAAAGGGAAAUGUUAUCUGAGCAACUCAUCCGAGAAGAAACCUUUGUGGAUGAAAACGUCCUUAUCCUCCCUACGUCCUUACACAACAUCCUGAAGAUCCAGCUUGGGAGACCACCGCAGAAGAAAGACGUCGUCUACGACCAAGAUGGAAACGUCCUGUCCAUGCCCAAGGUGGAGAUCUCCAGACUCCCGCAGCGACAUGUCCGCCCUCGAAUAGAAGUCCUGGAUGUGGGCAGAGAAUCGGAGGUCUCUGAUGUACAGAGGAGGGGCCGCCAACUCCCCAGAAGAAGAUCUCGAGUCAGCUCCUCUUCCUGUGAACCCCCGCAGAUCACCUCACAGUGCACCGCUAUAAUGGACGGCCCUAGCCGGGCCCCUAUGUCCUCUGCCAUACUCCUAGACACUAUGCCACUAACCCAUGGGGUGAUUCUUAGAGAGGGAGACAUGACAGAGCGAGGGUCUGUGUACAGUCUACAAAAGAGGGAGCACCGCACAGAGAGGAGAGAACUGAGGCCCAUCCGAGCCUCCAUCCCCACACCCAGCCUCCGCGUAGAACAGCUCAUAAAGAACAACAUCCCCCAGGUGCAGCCCCUUGUCAGCUUCCUGUCACACUGAACUACGUCUGUCACCGGUAUACAGCUCCAUCAUCAGUGUACAGCUCCGUCCUUAUCAUCAGUGUACAGCGCCAUCUCCUCUGUGUGCCAUAUACCCACCAUUACUUGUACAUCACCAUAUCUAAUAAAUGCUACA